GAUCAAUGAACGGAGCUAAACAAACGGGUUGGGCGAUCGAACUUCAGGACGGUCGUGGGAUGUAUAAGCACUGCGUUUUAACCUUUAAUAGCGUUUUUCCUGGCGGUUUUUGUGUGCAGAAGAGUCAACGUUGGAUUCAGUAAUCGCAUCGGCAAGGUCUCUGUGUUUUAUAGAAUAGAAUAAACAACUUUAUUGCCUUCCAGUCGCUUGGAUAUUGACACUUAACGAGCGAAUAACAAUUGACAGUAAAUCGUCUUUGCGGCGCUACACCGAGUCCGAGGAUGAUUUUUGUGAACUCUGGCAACCCGCUCAGAAAUACAUUUCGGAAACAGCCCCCCGUUGGCCCGUCGUCUCAGCCCAUGGCUCCCCCGAGUCCCGGAACCAACAGCAGCACCAAUCAGAGCAGCAGCAGCAGCACGGCAGGUUGGGAGCAGCUUAGCAAAACCAACCUGUACAUCCGCGGCCUGCCCCCAGCAACCACCGACCAUGACCUGGUCAAGCUCUGCCAGCCUUACGGGAAAAUAGUAUCAACGAAGGCCAUCCUGGAUAAGACUACAAACAAAUGCAAAGGUUAUGGCUUUGUGGACUUCGACAGCCCCGCGGCAGCACAAAAAGCCGUCAACGCUUUGAAAACCAAUGGCGUGCAAGCACAGAUGGCAAAGCAACAGGAGCAGGACCCCACUAACCUGUACAUUUCCAAUUUGCCACUGUCGAUGGACGAACAGGAGCUGGAGACCAUGCUGAAACCCUUUGGCCAAGUCGUCUCCACACGCAUACUGCGCGACGCAAAUGGUGCAAGCAGAGGGGUGGGGUUUGCAAGAAUGGAGUCCACAGAAAAAUGUGAUGCUGUAAUUUCUCACUUCAAUGGAAAGUUUCUUAAUAUGCCAGCCGGAGUAAUGGCUCCUACUGAGCCGCUGCUGUGUAAGUUUGCAGAUGGAGGGCAAAAAAAACGACAGAGCCAAAAUAAAUAUGUGCCUAAUGGACGCGCAUGGGCCAGAGAGGGAGAAGCCAGACUUGCUGGGAUGACGCUCACAUACGACCCCACUGCUGCCGCUAUGCAGAACGGGUUCUAUCCCCCAUACAGCAUUACCAACCGAAUGAUUGCCCAACCUGCCAUGUCACCCUACAUCUCCCCCGUGUCCACAUACCCGGUGCAGACACCGUCCUGGGUCACCCACCAGCCCUACAUCAUGCAGCAUCCGGGAGCUGUAUUAUCGCCCUCUAUGGAUCCCUCCAUGUCACUGCAGCCAACAUCCAUGAUGAGCCCCCUCACUCAGCAGAUGAGCCACCUUUCUCUGGGCAGUACAGGAGCGUUCAUGCCGGCUAAUGCAGCAUUACAGGGCGCGUACAUCUCACAGUAUACUCCUUUGCAGCCAGCUGCAGUGGAGGAGAAUAGCUCACAGUCUCAGGUGGAGUCGAGCGGAGAUCAUUCUCCCUACGCCUACCAACAAAACAAGUGACAAAAGAGGUUCCUCAGCACUCAGGAGACUGAGAGGAGUGACAGCUUCAACAAUCAUGCUUCCUCUGUUGGACUAAGCUCAACCGUUGGAUCGACGUUUGAAACGAUGAGUUUUCUCUGUUUUUAAAAACAACUACCCAAACUAUUUUUGGUAUAAGUUCUAUGAGGUGCAAAUAAAAAUCAUGAUUUCACCAGAGGAUGCUAGCUAUCUAAGAAGAACAUGAUAAUGGAAAAAAAAAAAAUUUAUUUUAAUAAAAAAAAAAAAAAAAAAGAACAUUUAUUUUUACCAAGGAAUCGUCACAUGGGUGCAAGACCUCAAAGGAUCAUGUGACUUGAUGUACAUGGUAGCAGGUGUCCAUUGUUGAGAUUUUUUUUUUUAUGAUUUCUGAUGUGUGUGUGUGAUUUUUAUUUUUCUUGAUUCUUUUUUCUUUGUACUGAACUAGUUGUGAUGAUUGAAGAGAUUUGUUAGCCGGACAUCCUGAGAAAGAUUUUUUGUUUUUUUGUUUUUGUGCUUGCAGUGUGUGUUGCAAUGGUGAAGUGUUACAUGUGUCCUCUUGUACAGUGUGUUUUCUCCAGUUGAUCUAGAAUAACCUUUCUCUUCCUCUUCAUACAAUUUGCCUUAAGUUUGUUCCAUACAGCUGUACAAGUAGCCUCAAACUGAGGCUAAACCGGAGAAAGAGACGUUCAAAUCAGCUAUGGCCUUGUAAAUCAGCUGAAUAGGGCUUUUCUUAGGAUCUAGCUAAUGAAAUUCAGUUUGCCUCAUUACGUGUUUAGCUUUUUAUUGAUCUCCAUAGUGCUUUUUUAGAAUAGAAACCAUGUUGAGUGAUAGGAAAAAAAUUUGAUUAGAAUUUAAAUAUGAUGUACUGUUUUUGUAAUCAGAGGGUCAACGCCUCUGGUUGGUUGAAUGUGGUAGAAAUUCUGCUGAAUGAUCACAUUUUAAAAAUGCCUUUUAGAAAAAAAGAAAAAAAAACUUGCUGUUGUAGUGUAGCUGCGGGGAAAGUGGUGUGACCAAGUCUUUUUAUUUUACAUUUUUGGGGGGUGGGGGAGGGGGGAAAUUUUCAAUGUGCUUUUAUGACCAUGUACAGAUUAAGCCUUCCAUGGCAACUUUAAGUGCAGAAAGUGGAGGUUUUGAAAUGAGAUUGAUUUCCUGUAGAUUUUAGUUUGCCUAGCUUUUUCGUUUUUUUUUUUUAAGGAAGCAAACAGAACUCGGCACUUUCAAGUUUACUUCACCAAAGACAGUGAGCUAGCAAGCAGAGAUCAAAUAAUGAGUACAAUGUCACUUCCUCCCUACGCAGGAUAGGCUUUUUAACGGACUGGACUGCAAUUUUAAGAAUGUGCCUUCUUUGUAAAUAUGCAUCCGGUUGUCUUUAGUAGUUGUCUAGGUUUGGACACAUGCAAGAAGGAAGAUUUGGAUCCGACAAGUGCCACAUACAUCACUACAGAGCACACGAAACUGAAAUAUGUAACUAGAACAUGGAAAAGGAGAAGUUUGAAACUAUGAACUGAUCAACACGGUGGUUAUCUGCUAUGCUUUUUAUUAGCAGGAGAAUGCCUUUUAUUUUUAAUUUCUUCCUCCCAAAUUACAAUAGGCUUUUGUUUUGGCUUUAGUAGGUUGUCUUCCAAAAGACUGUUUUUUGAACUGGUGGUCCUAUCGACCAAUUAUCUACCUCAGAUUUGCGUUCUCCUCUGUUUCGAUUGGCCGGGCUAGCAGGUUCAGCCCCGCCCCUCCAGACCAAAUGGCUAGCUCUGGAGCUGCCCUCAUCUACAUUUGUUUUCUUUCAGGUUGUUUUCAUGCUUUGUUUUUGUUUGUUUUUUUCCUCAGCAAACCUUUUUUUUUUAAUGCAAAUGUUAUUGUUAUGAGGAUAGAUGUGCGUUGAACGUGAUUUAAUCUUGUUUAGACAUUCAGUUUCAUAGUUUCAAAGGCAAACACACUGCUGCUUAAUCACAAGAUGUUUUGGUAGUCGGCCAUGACUAGAGAUGGACGAAAGGAGGAGAAAAAUAAAGAGGAACAAAUUAAAAACUGAA